AGAGACUUCGGACUCACGGACGCUUUGGUUGCCUUUCGGCUUUCGCUCCUUUUCCUGGUUUCCUCGGCGGUCACGAGUUCUGGCUCCUGGGAUCCUGACAACUAACGAGACACAACUCCUGUUCGUCUUGUGAAUCCCGUCAUGUCGGCUGCCACCCCAGCCUCCCCCACUGUCACGAGAAGCAGCUCAACCUCUCGCCGUCAACAACAGGCAUCUUAUACCACCACAAAUCCUCCCGAUCGACCCCACCGUUCCCACUCCACUGCCGUCCGUCCUUCUGUUUCGCACCAUUCUUCGACACCGCAUCGCUCCCAGUCUCAAUCGCAUGGUCAUGGCCGUCCCGGUCCACCUGUCGCAUACGAUACGCGUCGGGACGCGGAGCAGACUAAUCUAGCCCGUUCUUCCUCCUCGCGCCGAAGCGAAUCUCGGGACCGGGAUCGCUCGCAUGCAUCAUCGACGUCGCAUCGAGCCGAACCGACGAGAAAUCCUCAUCAGCACACUCGGAGGACUUCCGACGUCCCAUCCCAUACCCAACAACCGCCGACCAACGGUAUCGCCAUGGAUAACCCUGGAUCUUCGCAUAAAACUGGUGGAACACGGCGGAGGACCACCAUCGGUACCCCGAGCGGCCAAUGGGCACUCGGGAAGACCAUUGGCGCCGGGAGUAUGGGCAAGGUCAAGUUGGCGAAGCAUCUGGAGACGGGAGAACAGGUUGCGGUUAAGAUAGUUCCACGUCACUCGACCGAUGAUCACCGAACUCCCCAAGAAAAGGAAAGAGCAGACCACUCUAAAGAAGUCCGAACCGCACGAGAGGCAGCGAUCGUCAGCCUGGUCAGCCACCCGUAUAUCUGUGGGAUGCGAGACUUUGUUCGGACCAACUACCAUUGGUAUAUGCUCUUCGAAUAUGUCAAUGGCGGACAGAUGCUAGAUUACAUCAUCUCUCAUGGACGGUUGAAGGAGAAACCGGCCCGGAAGUUCGCAAGGCAGAUUGCGAGUGCUCUGGACUAUUGUCACCGAAAUAGCAUCGUCCACCGAGACCUCAAGAUCGAGAAUAUCCUGAUCAGCAAGACGGGCGAUAUCAAGAUCAUUGAUUUUGGAUUGUCGAACCUCUUCGCGCCACAAAAUUACCUGAAAACAUUCUGUGGCAGCUUGUACUUCGCAGCACCGGAGCUGCUUCAAGCCCGACAGUAUACCGGCCCCGAGGUGGACAUCUGGAGUUUUGGAAUUGUUCUUUACGUCCUCGUUUGCGGGAAGGUACCGUUCGAUGACCAAAGCAUGCCGCAGCUGCAUGCCAAGAUCAAAAAAGGAUACGUCGAUUAUCCACCAUGGUUAUCGACCGGUAAGUUUGGGUCCCACGACUUACACGGCCCGAUGCUCGUCACCGACCCCCGACAACGCGCGACGUUAACCGAGAUCAUCAACCAUCCUUGGAUGACGAAAGGCUUCAACUCCGCUCCCGAUAACUUCCUGCCUCACCGUGAGCCUCUGAGCCUACCCUUGGAUGCCGAGGUGAUCGAUGGGAUGGUUGGCUUCGACUUUGGACCACCCGAAUUUAUCACCAACCAACUCACGAAAGUUAUCGAAUCCGAGGAAUACCAGGCAGCCAUUCGAAACAUGAGCCGGAAACAGCCGGUGCAGACUCCCGAGACAGAACGUAAGCGUGGGGUGUUUGAUUUCUACAAGCGUCGCAAUUCGCUUAGUCGUGACACCCUUACCAACCCCUCGAAAGAAGAAGUCCAACUGGGAGCCGACCCAGUCAAUGCGUUUAGCCCGCUCAUUUCCAUUUAUUACCUGGUUCGCGAGAAGCAAGACCGCGAGCGCACGGAGAAGAAUCCCGGCGCGUUCGGUUUGCCGAAGACCGAAGGUGAGGGGCCGUUUGAUAUGCCACAACUUCAAGCACCCGAAGCUGCGUACACGAAUCAAGCUACCUAUGAACUGAAAGGAGAAAAGCCGACUGGCGGUCGAUCAAGGCCAAGAGCUAGAACCCAGGGAGAAGAUGAAGUUCAAGAGGGCGUGAAGAACAUGAACCUCGGUGCAGCGAAUGUACCAGUAUCCCCCGCGUUGGUCACACCUCCUAUCGAACCUACUCGGAAGGAGAGCACGGCCGGUGCGAUCUUGCGGCGGCUGAGCACUCGACGACAUCGAGAUCGGGACAGGGACAGGGAAAAAGAUCUCGAGAAGGAGAAAGUCACCAAUCCCCCUCCGUCUGUGUCGGUGGCCCCGAGUCCUGGUGAGCCGCCGAGCACGGAGCAGCCGAGCACUCCUAGGAAGAGUUUCAGUGUCCGGAGGAAUCGAAAGCUAGAUGCUCCGGCAUCAGCCACGUCGUUCCAAGGAACGACCCAGCACCAGCAACCCGAAUUCCUUUCACCUGCUAGUGCUGGCGGUGAUUUCUCUCGAAGAUUGAAAGGCCUUGGACGGUCGACUAGUGUUAACUCCGCAGAGAUUAGACGGCGGAUAGGGCGUCAUGGAGCUUCUGACGACAACACCACCGAACCUCCUGCCACUAGCGGGUCGGACCGGUCCAGCCUUGACAACCGUCUCAAAGCCGGAGAUGCCGCCUCGGACGACCAGCAGCCCGCAGCACGUCCCCGCACCGCAACCACUUCGCGAACCAAAUCACUAGGCCACGCACGACGCGAGAGCAUUCAGGCCAGGCGUGCUCAGCGGGAACAGGCACGUGAAGAUAAUCUCCGCGAGGAGACCGACGCGGAGAUUGAGGCGGAGGCCGACGCGCGUUCCGGCCAGACGGGCGAGAGCCUCAAGCCCGUCUACCUGAAAGGGCUGUUUAGCGCAAGCACGACCAGCAGCAAACCCCUCCCCGUCAUCCGCUCGGACAUCAUCCGCGUGCUGAAGCAAAAAGGCGUCGUCUACAAUGAAAUCAAGGGCGGAUUCAACUGCACGCACUUGCCCAGCAUCGACCCCCUCCCUUCACAAGAAGGCAGCCCCUCCCUGGCCGCCCCCACUCCCUCCGGCCACCGCCGGAAAAUCAGCUUCGGCGGCCUCCGCGGCAACGACCGCGAUCGCGACCGCGACGAGUUCCGCGACACCCAACGCCCGGCCGAGCCGCAGCGCUCACCCCGCAACCCGGGCUCCCGGCGUGACGUGACCGACCGAUCGUUCACGGGGUCGGACGACUCAGACGGCUCCGAGGGGGCGGCGGCGCGCGAGCGGGAACGGGGAGGGAAGCGGCGGGAGCCGCGUGAGCGGGCGGCGGGGGAGACGACGACGCAUGUGCAGAACGACGUGGGGCGGGGGGCGAUGGCGCUGCGGUUUGAGAUCUUCGUUGUGAAGGUGCCGUUGUUUCAGCUCUACGGGAUUCAGUUCAAGAAGGUGGACGGGAACAUCAUGCAGUAUAAGAAUCUGGCGCAGGAGAUAUUGAACGCGUUGCGAUUGUGAGCGGGAUGGAUACAGCGCGUGCGUGCAUAAGAGUUGUCUUCGUUGAGUGCGGGGAGAGCGUGGAGCGUGAGCGGUUUUUUCUCCCUUCAGUUGA